GGGGGACACGCCCGACCUAACCCUAGCAACGCCCGACUCUAUGGGCUCAUUAGGUGGGAGAUUCGCGCGGCUCGGGCUGGGAUUCGCCUUUAUAGCCUGCCGUGCGCCUUCCCCGCCCAACUGCCUCCUCCGCCCCUGGGAUAGUCUCCCAGCCCUGCUCUCGGCCUGCGUACCCGCUGUCCUCCAUUGAAGGAGCCGCAAGUUGAAGUGACGGCCAGGGUAAGCCGCUUGGAGCUCCUCCUGCUUCUCCUCCCUCGCCCCCCCUCUUCAUCCUGCGCCUCGCUAUUUCUGCCUCAAGCUGUUUUCAUUCGCGCCGUAGUCGCUCGGGCUCCCUGAGCGCGCCGACCAGAGACCCACCAGGGCCAACGGUGCAAGGAGGACUGUCGUGAUGGGCGGGUUGUGCUCCCAGCCCGAGACGGCGGAGGCGGUUGAGGUCCAGGACGUCCAGGAAACGAGUGCCCGCGAGCCAGCCGCCGCGACGGCACAUGAAAUCACCGUCACCCUCACGAAGACGGGUGACGCGAAACUUGGUCUCGACAUCUCCCAUUUUCACUAUGGAGAAGAGAAGAAUAAGGUUCUGAAAGUCAAGCUAGUCAAGGAUGGCAUCGUCAAGGACUGGAACGACAAGAACCCUGGCAGCACGAUCGAGACGAACGACCUCAUCACAUCCAUCAACGGCGUGAGCAGCAACUCCGAGGACAUGCUCAAGGAGGUCAAGGCGAACGAGCUCGUCAUCGUGGUGAAGAAGGGUGGCGCCCUCGUGGUGAAGUGAAUCAUGGAUGCCCUCGGGCAGAAUGGGCGGACGCGGCCCACGCUACCGGCUGAGUCCAGGCCCAGUAUCGCCCAGGUAACCUCCGCGUUGUUGGUCCCUCCUCAUGCCCCCCCUCGUUAUCGAAGACGCCAAUGGCGAACCACCGCAGGCCCUGGCUUCUGGAAACGCCUACGUGGCCAAACAUUGGCCGAAGUCUUGCCAGGCUACUGGCCUUCGUGUUCCCUCAGGCGUCAUAGAUCGUGGCAGCGCUUGGAAUUCGGGUUCGCAGGUGGACAGCAUUGAGUUCCUCAGAAGGAGAAUUUGAAAGGACCUGAGGACAUUGCAUUCAGUGCUCAGCACGAUGGCAAAUGCAGAUGCGCUGCUGAACAAUUCCGUGUGUGGCUUUAGGUUCUUCGUGCGGAGGUCCCAAAGCGCAGGGAUUUGGACAAUUGCAUGGGCAUGGCAUGUUAGGUUCGACGCGUCGCGUGACUCUGAUUCACUGUUUUCUCGCAAGAAAGCGAAUAUAUCGAAAAGGCAAGGGCCGGAAGACACACACA